CGCGGAGGAGGUGGUCGAGGCGGUACGUGAAUGAUUUUAUUCUUCUCGCAGCUCUUAUUUCUACGCUUUAGGAUCUCCCCAAAUCCCCCCAACCCCUAAAUAUAAUGCGCGUAAGACUAAUAAUACACAUAUAUAUAUCAGGCCGCGGCGGCUUCGGACAGCGAGACUUCGGCCCGCCGGACCAGAUCCUCGAGAUGGGCAGCUUCCUGCACGCGUGCGAGGGGGAGAUGGUGUGCGAGAGCAUCAACCCCAAGGUGCCGCACUUCAACGCGCAGAUCUUCCUCGAGAACAAGACGGCCGUCGGCAAGGUCGACGAGGUCCUCGGCCCCAUCAACCAGGUCUACUUCACCAUCAAGCCCACCGAGGGCAUCCAGGCUGCCUCCUUCAAGCCCGGCGACAAGUUCUUCAUCGGCUCCGAGAAGCUCCUCCCCCUGGAAAAGUUCCUCCCCAGGCCGAAGCCCCCGCCCGGCGCGCCAAAGGUCAAGAAACCUAGCCGAGGCGGUGGCCGUGGCGGGUUCGGCGGCGGUGGACGCGGCGGAUUUGGCGGCGGGAGAGGGGGCCCCUCGAGAGGUGGGCGCGGUGGCUUUGGCGGUAGCGGCUUCGGAGGCGGCCGGGGAGGCGGUGGUAGUCGCGGAGGUAGCGGUGGAUUCAGCCGGGGUGGCGGCGGUAGGGGACGGGGCGGUUUCAGCCGAGGAGGUCGAUUCUAAAAGCUGGGAGCGAGAAUAUAUGUGUAUACCCCGCUUCCCUCCGAUUUUGUUCUCCCGUCGGUCCCGUGGUAGUAGUAGUGGUGGUGGUGGGCCCGCCCAUUCAAAUGUUCUCUCACGUGGUACGGGAAUGGCGUUGCGAGGAAAGUUCUGAUUCAUUUUUAAAAAAUGUCUUUUUUUUUUUUUUUUUUUU